AAAAAUAAUUUUUUAAAACUCACUUUUGGUUUUCUCCCUCAUUUCCUUCUUUUUUUUCUUUUCAAUUUAUUAAAUUAUUUUUACAAAAUUACUAGACGUGCCAAAAACACAUUUAUUUUUUAAAUAAAUAUUAUGGUUAUGGCAUCUAGUACUAUAACUACAACACCAUUAUUACCUUCCUCUCCUCCUCCUCCCCCAUCUUCCUUAUCCUCCACUUCUUCCUCUUCUUCUUCCACAAUAAAUACUUCUUCAACAACUUCCCCAACUUCCCCUAUUCAAAACAAAACAUUAAUAUCAACGUCAGCAUUUAUUUCAACAAAAAAAUCUCCAAAUGUCCCAGAACUUAAAAUUGAGAAUAAUAAUGGAGGAAAUAAUUCUUUAAAUAAUAAUGGAUGUUGUUUACAUUUUAAUAAUUCUUUAAAUUGUAAAAAUGGAGGAGGAAUUAAAACACCAAUGAGUGCAGCAACUUUGUUUUCCAAUGGAAUUUGUUUUUUAGAAACUCCGACACCCAAAAUACCCGACACUUUGAGAACACCUUCAGCUUUACUUACAUCACCUACUAACUCCUCUGCUAGUUCAAAGUCUUCUGUAAGAGAAAAACAAAAAUAA